AUGAAAAUUCUACUUUUAAUCUUGCUAUUUCUCUCAAUUUCUAUCGCUCAUGCUCUGAAACGUAUCGUAUUCAAAAAGGAAGAUAUGUACAGUAAUGUCGAUACUCGUGCUGGUAGUGUUGAUAAAACACCUAUCACGAGAAAUAUUACUGAACCGACACGUGUUGCUAUGUUUAACGACGGUGCCUAUAUGGUUCGUGUAACCGUCAACUAUAUUCAGGAUGAUCUUCAGAAAGAAUUAAAAUUGAACGAACUAAUACUCAUUGGUGAACAUCGAUCCAUUUUUGUACCAUCAACAGCUACUUUCGUUCGUGUUCGUGCACAUGCUAUUGGAUCAGAUUCAGAUAGAAAUGUCGUUGAUAUUCAAAUGGAGGAUGUGCAAAAUGUUCACGAAAUAUGUUAUUUAUUGGCUGGCAGCAUAUUUCAUCCAGUGGCUGACAAAACUGAUCAUUCUGUAAAUAAUACCGUGCUAAGUGUUACUAUUAUUCAACGUGGAUUUUUUGUCAUUUAUGCAAAAAUAAAUUAUUUGCAAAACCGUUUACAAGUAGAACAAAAAACAACAUCAGUAUUGAUUGGUCAAAAUCACGUAUUUCGUCUGCAAACACAGCCCAAUGACACUAUCAGUCAUAUUCGUGUUCGUAUUCAUGCCGUCGGUAAUACACAUAAUGUUGUAGAUGAACAAUUUCUACAACCAACUAGUUCAUGUUAUCUAAUAACGGGUUCUGUAUUUAAUCCUGUCUUUGGAUAUUGUGCAAAAGAUGCAGACUACUCAAAACGUGGUCUCGAUAAUGAUUUAUACGAACAAGAACGAGAAGUUUCAAAACAACAACAACAAUAUCAACAAUAUAAUUAA